GAAACACACAGGGUCUGGGCGUGUGCUGUGCUCUAAGCGCCCUCUUCUUCUUCCUCCUCUACACACACGCGCACACGCGCUUUUUGCCCAUCGACGCACACCGGCAGCUCGUUGUUCGUUGUUUGUGUUACGCAUCUGUUUCAGUGAAAGUGUAGAGCACUGGAAAAAGACGAACCGUGUACAGCAGUGCUAUGAGUGAAUCAGCGGGAAGGAUGUCGACAUAUUAUUGACGUGUGUGCUGCGUCCUGUCGUCGAGACGAGCGCCGUGGGUUUUCCUUUAACUCCACAGCAGUGACAAUGACGGAGUAUAAGUUAGUGGUGGUUGGUGCAGGUGGUGUGGGCAAGAGUGCUCUGACCAUCCAGCUCAUUCAGAAUCACUUCGUUGAUGAAUACGACCCAACCAUUGAGGACUCAUACAGGAAGCAGGUGGUGAUUGAUGGAGAAACGUGUCUGUUGGAUAUCCUGGAUACUGCAGGUCAGGAAGAGUAUAGUGCAAUGAGAGACCAAUAUAUGAGGACUGGAGAGGGUUUUCUUUGUGUCUUUGCCAUCAACAAUACCAAGUCUUUUGAGGACAUUCAUCAAUACAGGGAACAGAUUAAGAGGGUCAAAGACUCUGAUGAUGUGCCUAUGGUGCUUGUGGGUAAUAAAUGUGAUCUACCAGCCCGUACUGUGGACACGAGGCAAGCCCAGGAACUAGCUCGUAGCUAUGGUAUACCAUACAUCGAAACCUCAGCAAAAACAAGACAGGGAGUGGAAGAUGCCUUUUACACACUUGUCCGUGAAAUUAGGCAGCACAAGCUGAGAAAACUAAAUCCUCCAGAUGACAAUGGCCAAGACUGCAUGAAUUGCCGCUGUGUGGUGUCAUGAUCUGUGAAUGUGCAUCACAUGGCUUUUAGGGCAGUGCAGCUUUACAGACAGCAAAUACUGCAACAACUUCACAGACGCUGGAUGUUAGAUCAGACUGUUUAUAAGGAAAACCCUUAUUCUGGCACUCCUGCAGUCUCCUAAGGAACAAUCCUGUCUCCCUUUUUCAUAAAGGAGGAAAGAAGUUGUACCUUAUUUAAUGGUCUCAACACUGGAGUUUCUACGACUGGAUGAAAGCUGCCACGCUUAUAUUUAGAUUAAAUCAUUCUAUCUACUCUUAACUGGAAGUAAUAAAUCAGAAAAUAACCUCAUGUAUUGCUUUGUCAGCUGUGGAUGUUAGUAAAACACUUAAAAAAUGCACCAGUUAGUAUAUGUCUGAAUGUUGGAAAUAUAAUAUUUGUAUUGCCAUUUGUUUAGAGGAGGACAUCUAAUAAAUUGUACAUAAUU